UGACUUUUGGAUUAACACAUACUACCUAUUGACAUUAUAAACGGAAAGGUGGAGGUGUAAAUGAUAAUAAAUAUAUAUUAGUCGGUGAGUUUAGAAAGAAACAAAAAUUAAAGGGGUGUGAUUUCGAAGAAAAUGUUGCAUAGUUUUCAAAAUUUGAAAAUCUCAGCUAAAGAGAGAAAGAGAAGCACCAUUUUUCUUUCUCGUCGUGUCAUCGUUUUCUCAGAUUCCUGAAUAAUCAUUCCCUUCCGAUUCCAAAAUCCCCAAACCUCAUCCACUCCUCCAUCUCCCGGAUUCGGAUUCCCAGAAUCAUGCCCAUGGAGAACGACAAUGGCCCACACGUUGGCAACGUCGUCGUCACCGCUGAGCAAGCGACCAAGAUUAACGAGACUGAUGGACGGUUGCCGGAGAAUCGGCAGACCGGUGUUGUCUCUGACACCGGAAGUGGUAGCGAGAGAGGAGAGCAAGGGGUUGGAGAGUCGGCAGUUGCUGUGGCGGUGCCGGUGGAGGAGAGCGGAUCGAUUUCGGUGGGAGAGCUACCUGCUCCCCGAUCUUCCUCUGCUAGAGUUCCGUUUACUAAUCUAAGCCAAAUUGAUGCGGAUCUUGCUCUUGCUCGCACACUCCAAGAACAGGAGCGGGCGUAUAUGAUGUUGACCAUGAAUAGUGAAAUCAGUGACUAUGGGAGCUGGGAAACUGGAAGCUAUGUAUACGAUGAGGAUGAGUUUGAUGACCCCGAGAAUGAGGAUGAGGAUGAUGAUGAAGAUGAAUAUGAAACAGAUGAUGAUCCUCAGGAAGAUGGGCUUGAUGUCAAUGUGCACGCCAAUGAAGAUGAUCAAGAAGAUGACGGUAACUCUGACAUUGAAGAAGUUGCUUAUACAGAUGAUGAGGCCUAUGCUAGAGCUCUUCAAGAAGCUGAAGAAAGGGAUAUGGCUGCUAGAUUGUCUGCCUUAUCUGGGUUAGCAAACCGGGUGGUUGAAGAUCUAGAGGAUGAGAGUCAUACUUCUCAGGAUGCCUGGGAUGAGAUGGAUCCUGAUGAGCUUUCAUAUGAGGAGUUGCUUGCACUUGGCGACAUUGUGGGAACCGAAAGUAGAGGAUUGUCUGCUGAUACAAUUGCAUCUUUGCCUUCAAAAAGAUAUAAAGAAGGAGACAAUCAGAACGGAACCAAUGAGUCAUGUGUUAUAUGUCGUUUAGACUAUGAGGAUGACGAAGACCUGAUACUGCUCCCAUGCAAACAUUCUUACCACUCGGAGUGCAUAAACAACUGGUUGAAGAUAAACAAGGUUUGCCCCGUAUGCAGUGCAGAAGUUUCAACUUCGACCUCUGGACAAAGCUGAUGAGGCAAAGGAAGAAAGAUUCAGAAAGAAUCAUAAGCUAAGAACUUCAAAACCUUAGCUGCCUGUUUGUACACUUCUUAUAAACAAAAUAACAUCAUCAGAUUUCCUUGGAUCCUUUAAAAAAUCUCAAAGAUUGGAACAUUCUCAAGCGUUUUUAGUUUUUGCAUUCAUCUGCUUCCGUAUUUGCCGUUGUGGGAUAUAGUUUAUCACAUAGUAAGUAUCUAUUUCAUUGAUGUUCACGUA